AUGUCUACACAAGUUGAGGCUAGGUCUCUGGCCUCGCUCAAUUACCUCGCCGCAAAUCCCCCGCAAUACCCUCACAAACCGGCCGAGCAACGUCAAGAUCCCCUCACACUCUACAUCUCACGUGUACCUGGUACACGAGACGUCAUUCUGACAACCUCAAAACCUCACCUCAAAAAUGUCACCAGCGAAGAUGUCGCCAACUCAUUUUAUUACAUCCACCUGGAACUGCCCAGUGAUGGCAGCCACCCGUACCACCCAAACUUGGCAGCUGGAUCUCAGCAACCUAACCAUCUACGGAACCCGGACACGCCUAGGUCUAGUAUGGAUAGCACCCGCAGCACGGCUCAGAUCCGGAGGAAGCCCGUCGGGGGCUCAAAGGUGCCCUCACCGCCAGCCGAUCCAGCCCGCGCCCAUCUGCCUCCUCAGACGCAGACGCAGACUCAAACACAGGCGCAACCUCCGACGCCUAGCUCACAUCCAGCGGCCGCCGGCAAUCGCAACUCCGGCCUCUACGGCUACGGCACCGGGAAUGCGACGGGGUACGGCAUCGGGUACGGCACAGGCAACGAUCCCCGUCAACCCCGGUGGACAGAGGACCGCCCGGAGCUUCCUCCGCGACCAACAUCUCACUCACCCCCGGCCCCUCCCGUACGCAAACCCGUCGGCCCGCGAGCCAUCCCGACCCCGGCACCCGACUACGACGCGCCCUUUGCCUCCAGACCUCCUCAGCCUCCUCCUACAGACCUCCACCGCGCUUCUCCCUCCCAGUCCCCGUCCCGUAUGCCACCGCAGCAGGAACCCUCCUCGUCGCCGGCGCGUUCACGUCGUUACUCCCGUCCGACUUCCAUCUACCGCCAACAAUCUCGCUCCCCCUCACCGAACCGCUUCCACAACACAAAGGAGGUCCCCUACACUCUCUCCCUCAUCCGCCGCGACCCGAGUACGGGGAACCAGUGGAACGUAGGUCGCGUCGCCUCCCAUCAGCUCGAGGACUCUGGAGACGACGGGUACGAGUACUUCUCCUUCGACUCGGCGGGCCUCUCAGCCCACGACCGCCGGCGCGCAAACGCCCCUCAACCUCCCAUCAACAUCCGCCUCGAGUCCUCGGGCUACGCAAAGUUCCGCCACAUGCCUCUGCGCCAGAGCCAACAGCAGCAACAGCAGUCUCCCGAGGGUGGCUUCUCACGCCAAGUCGUCAUGUCCUACGCCAAAUCCUGGUCCUCCAACAUUCGCGAAAAGUUCAGCUCCCGGUCUACUCACCGCCACUCACGCCAGUUGAGCGCACACUCGACGGGCUCCGUCUCUUCUAACGGAAGCGACUCGGGGCCCAUCAUCACCCAGCCGGGCCACGGCCUCCGGCCUCAGGGUUAUGUGUUUGUCUCGCCCUGGGACGGCCGCUGUGAGUUCCGUACGGGGAACGCCGGACGUAGUGUUAAGUGCAGACACGUCCUGCCCACAGCCGGCGGACUGAGUAACCCGCUCGCGCCGUCGAGUUCGUCGUCGUACUCGGCCAGCGUGAGCGAGUUGCGAUUCAACUUGCCCAGCACGGAGAUUUUCAAGCAGGAGGGCAAGAGGGAGCAGCUGAGCGGGCACUUUAGCCGGCUUCUCAACGUCGGCAACCGGAACGGCGAAUAUAGCGACGAGGACGAGCCGCCUAGCCCGUUUGAUCUGAAGCUCGGCAAGGAAAGGGCCGGGGGCGGCAACAGGGGGAAGAGGGCCAAGUUGGGCAAGCUGAUCAUCUACCCCGAGGGGCUGAAGAUGUUGGAUCUGGUGGUGGCCGCUAACAUGGGUGUUUGGUGGGGGGCUUGGGAGAAGACGUUCUGA